GACUUCGACCUGAACAUGAUCAAGAAAUCUGCAGUAGACCUGGAUUUGGAUUUAUCAGAAGACGACAUGGAGAGGAUGCUCUAUCACAUCAAUCAACUGGAUGACAUCAGAAUGAACCAGCACUUCUCUUUGGUGUACUUGUUUCAUGACUGCUUUGGCUUCCUCGACGAGUUCAGAGAUUGUCUACCUCGCCUGCUGCAGUCUCUAGAUGGACUGGAGGAGAUUGCUGUUCAGCUCGACUCCAUGAAUAAGGGGGCAAAGAUCUCCAGUGUGGUGGGCAGCUCAGUGGGGGCGGUUGGAGGCGUGCUUUCCAUCAUUGGUUUAGCAUUGAUUCCUGUAACAGCUGGAGUGUCUCUGGCUCUUACCAUGACUGGGAUAGGGCUUAGUGUCACCAGCGGGGUCAAUGGCGUUGUCACUACGGCGACAGAGUUAGGAGUAAACAGUACACAACAAAAGAAAGCCACUGAGGUCUUCGAGGGGUUCAUGAAGGAUUUGCAGAGUCUCCAGGAUUGUCUGAAGAAAGUCAGCGAUCAAACUAACGCCAGAAUGGAAGCAAGUCAGAUAGAUGUAGUCUUGGGAGUGGGCAAGGUGCUUAUCAAAGGUGGUGUCAUUGUAAGAGGUGUUGAUGCACUUGUUGAUGCUGGUCAAGCUUUUCGGAACGUGCCAAAGGUGGCCGCAGACAUCCCAGAUAUCGGACAGGCAGCAAUCAAAGGGCCUCUUGCCUUCUCCCAGUCCGUCAGAGCCGGUCUCAUCGGGCUGAAUGCUCUUUUUCUCGGCAUGGAUGUCUUCUUCAUCUGUAAAGACAGCAUCAGUCUGUCCAAAGGCAGCGAGACCGAGGCCUCACAGGUCAUCAGAGCCAGAGCGGCACUGUGGCGCUCAGAGAUCGACGCCUGGCAGAAAAUCCACGACUCCCUGAUAGAAGGUCUGCAGAAAUCAGAGAAAAACAAAGCUAUCCUGGAAACGCCAUUUCAUCCGGAGUUGGAGAGUGAGCUGAAGAUGGAGAUGGAGAUGGAGAUGAAGAAACAAAAACAAACGGAAAUGGAAAUUCCCCCCACUGUAUGUGUAAUACAGUAGUCUUCAGGGAUGAUUGGCCUUUUUUUUUUUUUUUUAGCAACUUGAGCAAUAAGAUUUGAUAUCAACUUAAUGUAUGAUCCAACAAAGAAAUGAUAAUUGCACUUUGCUUAAAGAUUACUGUUCAGGAUCAAACACUGUUAAAAUUAAAAAUGUAUGUAAUUAUUAUGACAUUAAGCAACCUUCCAUGCCACUUUUCUUCUCGUGAAUGUUGUAUUUUUUUUAACCUUUCGCUGAGCCAGACUCAUUUUCAAAUUGAAUUUGAAACAGUUGUCUGUAGGAGAAAUCAAUACAGUUGAAUUGUCUCUCCAAAGGGAACUUGAAUAAAUGAGCCCUUAGCGCUUAAAUGUGUGGGCUCAUUAAAGGUGAAGUUAUACUCAUAAUUGAUAUCCUGUGAUCAUAUAACCAUUUCAUGUUUUUGUAAACCUAAUUUUUGAAUAAAAAAAGAAUCCCUGAGAACUCCA